UCAUGACGUUCCUUUGACAAUCUUCCCAAACAAGCUGUUGGAUGUGGGCAGUAUUGUUGAAAUAAGAGCUCUACUUGUACCGGCGUAAAGUACAUCAGCGAGUGCGACUGUUGAUGCCGUUAAUUUGUACAGGGACUUCGGCAUUAAGGAUCAACAUGUUGCAGCUACUGAGCUGUCUUAGAUUGGAAGUUUGUUUGGUGCUGUAAGAGAAAAUCGAAGCUGACAGACAACUUGGUAGCCUUUGUGGGAAGACAGCAUGGAAAAAAGUAACAUCGGAUGCCUGCCACUUUAUCUUAUUAUGCCUUCAUGUAGGAAUUUCUUUUUAGCUUUCAAUGGAGGAUUACCUCAAUAAUUUGUGAUAAGUUGACCUGCCUUGUGGAGUGAGGUUGACAGAGGAGCCCCUAAGUUUUUUGUUGACUGCAUGGUUUACUCUUCAAGAUACCAUUGACAAACUGCUGCACUGGACCACUUGCCGCAUAGGCAUUGACAUGACAAAUGGUUGAGUGCGUUACUGGUUCACAAGGAAAUAAGUUUGUCUUAGCAGCAUCUGAUUCCCAAUAUCUAGAUGUUAGCUAUGAACAGAUAGCUGGGUUUUGGGUUGAGCUGCAGUUUCAACGGUAUUUCCUUCUCAGAGCGUCUCUUAAGAAAUACUGGCCUUUGCAAUCACUAACUUUUUUGGUAUGUGGAGAGUAACUUUGUCAAAAGUGUAUCUCCUGAUGGGGUUUGCCUAUUUCAACCCCAUUUGGCUGGAGAUUUGGCAUGCAUGCUGGACCCUCACCUCCGCGCCAACGCAGAUUAGAAAGCGGCAACUUUGAUGACACUAUGGGUCCACGUUAUGCUCAUGGAUAUGAAGGGAGUGGUCGAGGAUAUGUGGGGAAUGGUAGAGGAUACGAAGGGGGUGGUAGAGGAUACGAAGGGGGUGGUAGAGGAGGUGCAAGGCUCCGAGAUGGUUCUCCACCAUAUGGAAGAGGGGGCAGAUCUCAUGGAAGGGGGCAUAAUGGUCCUGGUAAGGAGUUCAUUCUAAUUGAUGGAGAAUAUGUUCACAGGAAUGACCCAAAUCUGUCACCAAGAGAAGGUGAUUGGAUAUGCCAGAAUCCAAGCUGUGGAAAUCUCAACUUUGCUCGACGAAGUCACUGUAACAAUUGCAACAAGCAUCGCUAUGAGUCUAGCCGCAGUCCUCUCAGGGGGUACUAUGACUCUCCUCCGCGAGUGCCUGUAAGGGUGCUUGGUCCACCAAGUGAUCGUGCACCACCAAGAGAAAUGGCAAGGUACAGAUCACCACCCCGUGAUUGGGUUGUUGGUGAUCCGAGAGGUUAUCCAACUAGAUCACCUCCAGAUCGUGUAGGACGAUUUCCAGACCCAUUGCAGAGGGAAAGAAUGGGCUUCCGCGGUGACCGUGAGUUGAGGGACCCUGUGAAAUUUGAGUGGUCUUCUGCUGAGCACAAGCAGAGGGAGCGCCCACAUGGUGGGUUGUAUCCUGACAGGAACCGUCGACACUCUGGAUCUCCUGGAGGGAACUGGGGGAGCGAUAGGCGGGACAGAAGCAGAUCUCCUGCAGGCAACAGACCUAUGAAGAGUGCUUUCACAGGCAGGGAUCGACCAGACCUGGAGUAUGGUGGCUCAUAUAUAGGCCGAGGGCGGUCUAACAAUUUGGAUGCUGGCCGUGGGCUUGGGCGUGGUGGUGGUUACAGACAAGGAGGUGGUCCAUACCCUGGUGAGGGCAGAGGCGAUCGCCGUGCUGCUCCGUAUGGUAGGAACGAGGAACGCUACUAGUUAUAAACUGACCAGACUCAUUCUUGGAGCUGCUCUGGAAAGAAAAUCUAGUUAAGGGAGUGCUUGAGAACUGGUGCAGCUUGUAAUAUUAAACUUCCUUUACUACCGGUCCUGAACUGUGAUGACAUUUCAACUGUUCACAGAUGAACAAGUUCACUA